GGGACGGCUGCCCGACCCUUGGCCCCACGGAAGGGGGUUACCCUUUCCGGCGCCGGGGACCUUCCGGCCGGCGGCCGUGAACUCCGUGGGCUGCGGCCCCUGCUGCCAUGAGGGGGCCUCCCUGGGGGUCUCGCUUGUGAAGCAAAACUUUGCGACAUGGAAGAAGGAAGGACGGCAGUGCGCAUUUUCUUCGCAGACUUGCUGGGCGACCCUGAUACCUUUGAGAACUCAGUGAAAGCUCUGGAUCCCAUCCCUAGAAAUUUGCACUAAUCGCAGCUGCGAGCAUACAGCGACAGGGAGGGUUUUGGGGGAAGCCUCAGGGCUAUGUGAACUCCUGAGCUAACUGGUUUAGAGGGAGACAUGAUGUGUGGCCCAGGUUUUUGGGGUCAGACUUGGGUUUGAAUCUGGCUCCAUUCUUUAUCACUAGCCGUUAACUUGGGCUGCAGUUACCUAAGCACUUUGAAUCUCGGGUUUUUUUCUUGUUUACUAAUUAAAGUGGAGCUGAUGCUGACUUGAAAGCUUGCAGGGAUUAAAUGAAAGAAGGUGCAGAAAGCACUUGGCACGUAGUAGGUACUCAGUAAGUACUAGCUACCAAAUGUCUGUUAACUUUCAUGGGAUUAUCGCAUAAAGUCUGAAACGAAGGGUUAAUGUCCAUGAUUAUAAAGUGGCCACCGCAUGUAUUUUGCAGGGACUUUUAUAAACUGAGUCGCUUUGACUGUAACUCCGUUCUCCUGGACGUUUCACAGCUUUCCGGGGUUCAUAGUGUGUCUUUUUCCAGGACCGUGGCCGUACCGUCCUGCCCCAGAGAACAAAUUCAUCUAUUGCUGUCCUAGUCUGAGUUGCUGCCUUUGAAAGCAAGGGAAGGUCAGUGCAAUAUCAACCCCCACAUGGCACGGGAAUUCCAGAGAGGUCUUAUUGCAAAACUUUGUAAGGAGCGAGAACCACGUGGACUUCUGAGAGGGAGCCUGAACUGGCCUGAGUUUGCGGGAGAGGACAAUGAGUGCCCAGCCUGUGACUGACACUAAGGAGGCCAAGUGGCAGAAAGUCUUGUACGAGCGACAGCCGUUUCCCGAUAACUACGUGGACCGGCGUUUCCUGGAAGAGCUCCGGAAAAACAUCUACGCCCGGAAGUACCAGUACUGGGCCGUGGUGUUCGAAUCGAGCGUGGUGAUACAGCAGUUGUGCAGCGUGUGCGUGUUUGUGGUCAUCUGGUGGUAUAUGGAUGAGGGCCUUCUGGCCCCCCAGUGGCUCUUCGGGACUGGCCUGGCUUCUUCACUGAUUGGCUAUGUCUUGUUUGAUCUCAUCGACGGAGGGGAAGGGCGGCAGAAGAGCGGGCGGACCCGGUGGGCUGACCUGAAGAGCGCCCUGGUUUUCAUUACUUUCACGUACGGUUUUUCGCCAGUGCUGAAGACCCUGACAGAGUCAGUCAGCACGGACACCAUCUAUGCCAUGUCCGUCUUCAUGCUUUUAGGCCACCUCAUUUUCUUUGACUAUGGUGCCAAUGCUGCCAUUGUUUCCAGCACGUUGUCCUUAAACAUGGCCAUCUUUGCCUCUGUCUGCCUCGCAUCACGCCUGCCCCGGUCCCUGCACGCCUUCAUCAUGGUGACUUUUGCCAUCCAGAUUUUUGCCCUGUGGCCCAUGUUGCAGAAGAAACUGAAGGCAUGUACUCCGCGUAGCUAUGUGGGUGUCACACUGCUUUUUGCGUUUUCAGCCUUGGGAGGCCUGCUGUCCAUUAGUGCCGUGGGAGCCAUCCUCUUUGCCCUUCUGCUGGUUUCCAUCUCUUGCCUCUGCCCUUUCUACCUCAUUCGCCUGCAGCUUUUUAAAGAAAACAUUCAUGGGCCUUGGGAUGAGGCUGAAAUCAAAGAAGACUUGUCGAGGUUUCUCAGCUAAAUUAGGGAUUUCCAUUCUAUUAUUAAGGGAAGCUGAUAGACUAGCCCCCCAACUAGUUUAAGAUUUGAAGGCAGAAUCCCCUUCUGGAAGCAACAUACCGAUGUGGGUGGGGGAACAGAGAUCAAAAGAAAAAGCUAACCAAGAGCAUAAGUGGUGAAGGUGCUUACUCUUUCUGUUACUUUGUGGAUGUGAAAGCUUUCUGGGGUCCUCGUGAAUUAUUGCCUCAUAAUUUCCAGUAGCAAAUGAAGUGAUGUGGUUUCUAUUUAUUAAAUAACAACACAUCCAUUAA